AGCCGGGAGAGCCUCUGCCACGUCUGCGGGUUGGCCGGGCCGGGCGGCCGCCGUACUGCCGGCAGCUGGCGGGCCAUGGUGGCCCCGCGGCGCUGAGGUGGGCGCUGGGUCCGGCGGCGGGGCGGGAUGGCGGUGCUGAGGGCCGUCCUGCUGGGCGCCCUGCUGGGCUGCGCGGCCGCGGCCCUCAUCCCCGCGGCCGAUGUGAAGGUGGAGGUGCUGCAGAAGCCGUUCCUGUGCCACCGGAGGACCAAGUGGGGGGACAUGAUGCUGGUGCAUUACGAGGGCUUCCUGCAGAGCGACGGCUCCAUGUUCCACUCCACGCACAAACAUAACAAUGGCCAACCUAUGUGGUUUACACUUGGCAUAAGAGAAGCCAUCAAAGGCUGGGACAAAGGUUUGAAGGACAUGUGUGUGGGAGAGAAGCGGAAGCUAACGAUUCCACCAGCCCUUGCUUAUGGAAAAGAAGGGAAAGGAAAAAUUCCACCUGAGAGUACAUUGAUAUUCAAUAUUGACCUUCUAGAAAUUAGGAAUGGACCCAGGUCUCAUGAGUCAUUUCAAGAGAUGGAUCUUAAUGACGACUGGAAGCUGUCCAAGCAAGAGGUGAAAAUUUACUUGAAGAAAGAAUUUGAGAAGCAUGGAGCAGUGGUAAAUGACACCCAGCAUGAUGCUUUGGUUGAGGACAUAUUUGAUAAAGAAGAUGAAGACAGUGAUGGGUUUAUAUCUGCAAGGGAAUUCACAUACAAGCAUGAUGAGCUGUAGAAAAGGGUGACAUAAUUUUUUUGACACAAAUGGCAAUGACUUAGACUGUCUGGUUCUCUUGUCGUCUUGAUUCUGCGUUUUGGAGUUGAUAGCUGCCACUGGCAGAAAAGAAACGACAAAAAAAAAACAAACCCACACUUUUUUAUAUUAAAAGAGAAUUUCUGUUCUUUAUGUUAAAAAAAAUAUAUUUUAAACUAUUUGUAAGUUUAAAAUUGUACUUACUGUUGUGCAACAGAGACUUGCACGUUUUGUGUUUUUAAUUUUGUAUUAACUUAUUUUUUCAGCAAUGAAACAAGGUUUCCAGUUAUCAAACAUCUUGAAAAUCAAAAUCCAGUACAGUGCCUUUCUGUGCUUUAUUUCUUUGGAUCACAUUCAGUGACUUUUACAUAUGACUUCUAGCCUGACUUAAUCAAUUAUGUGACCUUCUUUCUUGUAUGUUGCUGCUGGUAGAGCAGUGUGCUGGCCUUGCUUGCUUUCUGCAGAUUUUGAAAAGCUAUACAAGAAAGCAUCAGCACCUUGUGAGACAGCUGAGAAACUGAUAUACAGUUUCUGAAAUACAACUGAAAUACAAAGCUGAAUGAGAAGAAUGGCUGUCCUAUGCUGACUUUGCUUUUCUAAAGGGAGAAUACCAAAAUGACUGUUCGCAUCACUAAAGGAAAAAAAACAACAGGCAAAGUAGGAGUUAAAUAUCAGACUUUCUUAUUUUCAUUAUUAGCAACAUUCGAGAAAAUAUUGUACUAUUUUCCAAAUAGCAGUUUUGUUGUUCUGCAGAGGUAAUGUCCUUCACUGCCUUAUGUGCAUUGGUUUUGAAACAGAUUUUCUUUGUGAAAAGAUUACACCUUCUGCACCUCAGCUUUUGAGGCAUCUAAAGAAAAAAAAAUAGCAAAGGUUUUUUUUUUCUUUCCCCAUUUUCAGAAAGGGAUGAGCAUGCUAACAUGAAGGUCAGUAUGUCCUGAGGAACACUUUGUGUUGCUUGCCAGCUUUGCUACUGCCUGUAGAACUUGUUACAGAAUUGUAGAACUUGUUCUCUUUUUUUGCACCUUUGCUGUAUUUUCACAGGUAGCACAAAAGUUACCUGAGUCUUAAGCAAUAAAGUGACUUUUUAGAAAAAAUA